AUGGCCGACGUAACGAACAACACGAAUAGAUAUGGCCUCAAGCUGCUAGAGAUCAAUGGAAUCACUGCCUUGGACUCUAUCUUCCCUGUGGCUUUCUGUUUAAUCCCUUCCGAAGCCACGAACGCAUUUACCUGGUGUUUUAUACAGCUUCGCGAGUGGUUACAGUCAAAGGCAAGGCUAAGAGGCGAGGCUGACGGCAAUGCCUUUAUCCCACACAUUAUCAUCACUGACUAUGACGCUGCUGCGCGCGCUGCAUUGACGGCUACCUUCCCGGACUCGCAGCUACAGGUCUGUACGUGGCAUAUCAUGAAGAACAUCACUACAAAUGCGAAGAAGCGCUGGCUUGGCGACUAUGACGAUGACGACCCAUUUGACCCGCCGCAAGAGCCCCAAGGCGAUGAAGACCCCGGCGCUCUGCUGCUGCCGGAGCCACUGCCGGAAAAAGAGGCCCUUGUGCCUUCACAACAGCUUUCCGCGCCUUCUCAGACCAGCACAUUAUUCUUAGACGAAUUCGCGAUCCUCGAGUCAUUGCCCGGCGCCGCAGACCAGCCAGAGCCAUUAUCCAUAGCCUUUGCACCUGUGGCCACGACUGCAGCCGUUGCAACAGCCGCUGUAACUACACCUGUGGCCUCGUCAGCAGCAGCAGCAGCAGCUACCCCACCAGCUUCGCAACAGCCACAGCCUCGCGGGCAACAGCAACAGCGGCAGCCAGUCUUGCAGACAGUGCUUUCGCGGCUUGAGGCUAUUGGCAACUACCUUGGCAUUGGGCCGGCUAUAGCUUCGUGGCCGGUGUCAACACCACAAGCAACGUCAACGCCACAAGCCGACAUCGUGAUCCGUCAAAAGCCUACACAGCCGACCUCAUACCAGCAGCCGCAGACUUUCCGGCGCUCAGAGUCUGCCACCCAACUUAUGCGGCGGCUACCCUCCGCCUUCGAAUAUCACGAGCCGCCGCGGCCGCCGCCUCAAGGAGGGUCUCAACGGGGGCAUCGCGAGCGCCCUCGUCUCUUUACCCUUGGGUCCUCGACCCCUCUUUCCAGCACCCUUGCAUCAGUGGAAGGAGGAUUCAUGCCGCUCCCGGCCAGACUUGCAAAUAGAUAA